UACGGCCAUCUUUAAUUUUAACUCAUUCGUGAAAAGUUGUUUUGGCUCAUGUAAAGACGCCGAGACCGGGACAUUUGCGCACGACGCGUCUCCGCCGGCGCUGUUUGCCCGUUUAGUUCCGAGCGCCGGGCUCCAGACGGAGCGGAGCAGAGCCGAGCUGUCCGCCGAGACUCAAUAAACACCGCGAGCGUACGAUGAGAAAGAAGCAGACCGCAAAACAGAGGAAGACCGAGGAGACAGUUGUCCAGGAGUUUGUGGUGGAGAAAAUAAUCAGGCGCAGAGUAUUCAAUGGGAGAGUCGAGUACUUUCUGAAAUGGAAAGGUUUCACGGAUGCAGAGAACACGUGGGAACCCGAGGAUAAUUUAGACUGCCCUGAGCUCAUUGACGAGUUCCUAAGAAACGCCCAUCUGUCAGACGAGAAUGAGGAAACUGAGCAGGACCUGAUUCCCAAAGAAGAAAUGACAGAGCAGGAGACCGAAAUUUCCUGCAUGCGGCCGCAGAGCGACGGCGGCGGCGGCGGCGGCGCCCUCGAGCCUCACGACGAGCCGCCGGACGCCCCCUACCUCGAGCCCGAGUGCAUCAUCGGCUCCACGGACAGACAGGGAGAGCUCAUGUUCCUCGUCAAAUGGCAAGACUCCGACGACGUGGCGCUGCUGCCGGCCCGCGAGGCCAGCGCCCGGUGCCCCCAGGUGGUCAUCGCCUUCUACGAGCAGAAGCUGAGCUGGCACUGCGGCGACGACGAGCCGUGACGGCCGCUCCCCGGAGCUCAGUCCCGCCUCCGCCGGACCCCCGCCGGACCCCCACUUUGGGCCUCGGAGACUAAAACUAAGCUUUCGCGCGCGGCCGCCGACCUGAGGUGAGACGGAACCCGUAGCAGCUUCGUUCUUGUGUCUUGACGUAGCAGACGCGAUCACUGUGGACGUACCCUGUUCUUAGGACUUUUACAGUAGCUUGGUGUCCUUGGUUGUUUUAACGUGUGCUUUGUGCGUUGUCACAUCUUGGCAGCCCUCUUUAGGCAGGUUGAACUAAAUGUGUACCUCAAUCCAUAUGCGUGUUCCUUUUUUUAAAGUGUUUAAUAAUGUUGCCCUGUAGAAUUUUCCCCACAUUUCUAAUCAGCUGCUAUGUUUUUUUGCUUUUAAAUCGAUUCGGUGCUCCUACAACAGUCCUCGUUGCUCGACGUUGGAGUGUUUUGUGUGAAUCUUUGAGCUUUACUUCAAAUUAAAACUGAAGCCAGUGCACCUAAAAUGAUUGCGUAGCACUUUAGAUGUGAGACUGUCCGGCUGCGGAGGGCUGUCGUCUUCCAGUAACACACGUCCCAUGUAUUGCGAUGGCACUGUUCUGACUCAGCGGGUUUCAACCCGCUGAACCUUAAACCUCUUAAAACUACUGUAAUUGUUGACCAUUGAUCUGUGAAACCUCUGUGAAUAAAGGAAACCUUUUGUGA